AUGGAGCAGUCCGAGACGUCCACAUCGAGCUCGCCAAAGGCCUACGAACACGAUGGCAGCCAUCCCACUAUCUCCUCCCAGCCGCUUGACAGCAUCAGCGACUACUCCGACGAGACGGUAGACCACCUCGAGCCGAUCGAGCUCACCCGCAUCAACACCUACCGGCUCCAGCAGAAGACCACCGUGGGAUCGACCCGCGGCCCUCUCCCCCGCGAUGCAUGGCUCCCCAUGGGCGCCGGCAAGGAGUAUCCGCCUGUACUUCCCGAUCCGGAAACAUACGUGGUGGAAUUCGAGGGCCCUGAGGAUCCCCUACAUCCAUACAACUGGUCCAUGCUCCGAAGGAUCAUGCUGGUCUGCAUCCUCUGCUAUGGUACCUUCGCCGGUUCCUUCGCCAGCGCCGUCUUCGCCGCCGCCAUCCCCGACGCAAGCAAGGAAUUUCACGUCAGCCAGGAACUCGGCUCCCUCGGCGUGACGCUCUACGUGCUCGGGUUCGCCGCCGGUCCAACCAUCUGGGCCCCCGCGUCGGAACUCAUCGGCCGGCGCGCGCCGCUGUCCCUGGGUCUGCUCGGCUGCGCAAUCUUCACCCUGGCCUGCGCCACCGGCAAGGAUUUCCAAACCAUCAUGAUCUGCCGCUUCUUUGCGGGUUUGUUCGCCGCGAGCCCGAUCUCCGUUGUCCCUGCUGUCUUUGCCGACCUCUUCAACAAUGCGCAGCGCGGGAUCAUCAUGUCCAUCUUCUGCAUGGCCGUGUUCAUUGGCCCGUUCGCGGCGCCGUUCACCGGUGGCUUCAUCGCCAUGAGCUCGCUGGGAUGGCGCUGGACCAUGUACAUCUCGGCGAUCAUGGUGUUCUCGGGCUUUGUGCUGGUCGUGUUCUUCCUGGAUGAGACGUAUGCACCCGUGAUCCUGGUCCGGAAGGCGGCCGUGCUGCGACGCCAGACCCGCAACUGGGGCAUCCAUGCGAAACAGGAUGAGGUCGAGGUGGACUUCCACGAGCUCCUGCGGAAUAACUUUGGUCGCCCGUUGAAGAUGCUAAUCACGGAACCCAUCCUGCUGCUGAUCUCGCUGUACAUCUCGUUCAUCUACGGGCUUAUGUAUGCCCUGCUUGGUGCGUACCCGGUCGUCUUCCAGGGCGUCUAUGGCAUGAACAUGGGCGUCGGGGGCCUGGCCUUUGUGGGUUUGAUUAUUGGAGAAUUGCUCGGAGGCGUCUUCAUCCUCUUCCUGCAGGGCUCGUAUAUCAAGAAGCUGGCGGCGAACGGCGACGUCCCUGUGCCGGAGUGGCGUCUUCCCCCGGCCAUUGUAGGCGGCGUGACUUUUGCUAUUGGCAUGUUCUGGUUCGGUUGGACCGGCUUCACCUCGUCCAUCCACUGGAUGGCUCCUAUCUCCUCUGGUAUCCUGACCGGCUUUGGCAUCUUUUGCAUCUUCCUGCAGUGCUUCAAUUACAUCGUCGACUGCUAUCCUACUCUUGCCGCCUCCACUAUCGCCGCGAACACUAUCCUUCGCUCCGGUGUCGGAUGCGCAUUCCCCCUCUUCUCGCGACAGAUGAUGGAGAAUCUCGGCGUGCAAUGGGCCGGUACCAUGCUGGGAUGCAUUGCCGUUGUCAUGGUGCCCAUCCCGAUCGUGUUUAUGGUGUACGGCCCUUGGCUUCGGGGGAAGAGUCGAUCUGCCAGUGCGCGAGUGUACCAGGAAACGAAGGAAGUUUAUGACGUUUGA